AUGGCAAACUGGUCUUGCCCCUCACCCUCACACUGGAGCUGCACAUGUGUAGAAUGCAACACUGUCGCUGUGGCUUGCUACACCGCCGCCGAAUUUACUUUCAGGACCAUCAUCAAAGCAGCAACUACAUCCGUCGCAAUCCUUGGCUGCAACAUGGCUCUGGGAACUGUAGUAUUUUGCCCCAAUCUUCUGGGCAACAGGAAUAGUUAUCACCAUGGAAAGAGGAAAGGAAGGGACAUGUGCAAGGCAAAAGUCACCUUGACAAGUGGCCAAGUGAUGAAAGUGAACUCAAGUGGCCAAAUGAAACUCACUUGGCUAAUACCACUGGGUCGAGAUUCUGAGUGGCUUGCCUUGGAGGAGAAACAAUGGGUUCCAUCUCUCAAAGACUUUAUUGAGAUAUUUGUAGCAAAGACACAGUACUAUGGGACUUGGAAGGAAGCAUUUGAUGAUGCUGUUAGAUUUCCUGUGAUGCAGGACUGGCUGGCUCUGGAGGAUGAUUGA